AAUAAUCGAGUACUCGAAAACUCGCGAUCGGAAAGACAGGCGAGUAACCGGUUACCAAAACUUGUCGAUUUAAUUUGUCAACACUCUUUCGGACUAAUGUCCUUGUUUGUUCGAAAAUAAUGGGUAAAGAUCCUCGAUUUUUCAAAAGUCCGGAGGUUUUCCUUCCAGAGCGAUUUGUUCGUGGUGAUGGAAGCUUAAGUGACGAAUACAAAAAUACUCAUCCAUAUGCUACACUCCCUUUUGGAUUUGGUUUAAGGAGUUGUGUCGGACAACGGUUUGCAGAAACAGAAAUGCUUGUUAUAACGGCAAAGUUUUUCCGCUGCUUUGAAGCUGUUCUGUCCCAGGAGACAAAUCAAACAAUGGAAUUCGUUGAUCGAAUAUUUACAGCUCCGAAGAAUGAAGUGUCAUUGUUAAUCAAACCAAGAAAAUGACAUCUUGAAAUCAGUUUAAGAUAUUAUCUCUAAAUACAGUAGUAUUUUUAUUUUACAGUAAUAUUAUCCAUUUGCAUAUUAUAGUUUUUAAUAAAAAAAAGAAUGACUUUUAAAAUAGAGAGAAUGUAAUAUCAAAGAAUUGAAAUUUUGUGCAGUUUACAAAAGCUCAAAAUGAUAGUGUAUACAUAAGGCCUUACACAAUACAAAUAUGACGUAACGUUGGACUUGGA